AUGGGAAAUCUGAGCAUCAGUCCAAGCAAAGCACACAUUGACACUUCAUUACUACAGACCUGUAAGUCAUCAUCUACUAUCAUAGUGUAAAGUCAGAUUGAAACCAGACACUACAUUCUAUAGAGUAUCUCUACAUUUGAGUCCAACGUUUUUCUGACAGGAUAAGUAUUUUCAUGUAAAUAUUCUAAAAUCUGCAUUAUUCUUGUUUUUAUUUACGCAAAAGAGGUGUGUUUCCAUCAAACUGACUUGUUGCAGAUAUAAAGCUAUGCGUCAUGACGUGAUGCACUUAAAAAGCACUAGUUGUAUAACUUUUCAUUUACCAAAUAAAAAAAUUAAGGUUCUGAGUUUCCAUCCUAUUUUUUAUCUCUGUUGAUGGUUUUUGGACAAAGUCUGCGAUAAACACCAAAUGUGCCCACUCUAGUCUUGGCAUAUGCACUCUAGCUAACAGCUCCCAGAUACAGUGAGGAGGGUACAUGAUGGUUAUUUUGUCAAUAUUUGCACAUAAAAGCGUUUUGAGCGCAAUUGUCGCAUAAUCUAUUUCACCAACAAAGAAAUGAUCCCACCUUUUCUAGUGCAUUUUGUUUUGUCGACAUCUGGAAAGUUUAAUAACAAAAAUGCUGUUUCCAUCAGGUUACAUUUUUUGUACUCUCAUAAACAGUCUGGAUGAAAACCUGGUUACUGUGUUUAUAUUGUGGAAUACUCUUCAAUUUAGCAUUUGGGAACCCACAGGGAUGCACAUGUUUGUUAUAGCCCAGGACUUACACACCUGAUUCAACUAGGUACAUCAGGGAUGCUGGUGUCGGGCAAAAACUUAAAUGCCGAGCCAUGUAAGGUUCCCAAGACUAGGAUUGAAGAACACUAGUUGAAAGUCCAUUCCUGUACUCUGGUUGAUGAAGUGUGGCAGAAGGAGACAAGUCUGAGACUGCUGCAGCUAGUAGAGCUUCCUAUGCUGGACAAUCUGUUUCUAAGGCAGAGAGGGACCAAGACACCAGCAACUACCUGGAGCAUGAGACAGAGGGCCUUCAAGGACUCACAGUGUGUAGUGUGAUUUAUCAUCGGUCUUAAUUGAAUAUCUGAUAUGAAUAUUUCUACCAUAAUUGAAGAUCUCAUACAAGCCUACAGAGUACAAUAUUCCUGGUGGUGAGGGACUGGGGACAACAGUUUUUUCAGUGACACAAAAUGAUAGAUUUUCUUCUGUUGAAGGGAGGAUGAUUGGCUUACAGCAGCAUUGGUCUGUCUGGAGUUCCUGUCUGAGCAGCAGGUGGUGGAGGUGAACCCUGAGCUGCCCAGGUGUCCAGACGCUGUGGGUGUUGGCUAGGGCCAGCCUCAUUGCUCAGGCAAACAGUAAUGCAAACUGAUGCUGUAUGAAGCACUGGUGAAUACUACAGCCAGCCCGACCGCUGGACCUAUGACCACUUCAUAUGACUUAGGUCAUGAUUGGCACGUUUUCUAUCACAAGCAAUGUGGAAUGCUGCAUUAAAGGGGCAAUCUGUGGUUGCUACAUACAUUUAUUUUUUAUUAAUUAUAUGUAGCCAUUUAUUCUUGAAGAAUAUUACUUAUCAAUGCGUCAUGAGCUUAGUUCAUCAGAACGCAAAAUAUAAGCUUGUUUUACGCCAUUGUUUGUAAACAAUGUAGUUGUAAACAAACACUGUAUAGCUUCAAAACAUGGUUAAAACUAUAAUUUUAAUCUCACGGAUGGUCAGUCCUUUCAUUCAUAGUCCCGUCUACGAAUUUGAAAGUGGUUACAUUUCUCCAGACCCACCCCUAAGCUGUUUACCCAAAACUGUGGUGGUGUGACUGCUUUGUUGUUGUUUAAAUCGAAGAUUUAACAUGUGCUUCUUUUUUCAGUGAAUGCAGUUUGAUAAAGCUCUGGAGGCAUUGCAGUUGUGUUUGAAGCAACUGCACCAUCGUAAGUGAAGUGGGAGGAGCUGUGCACAUUAAUGUGCUUCAUGUCUAUGGCUGCAGACCCACUGGAAAUCAAGUUGGACAAAGAGGUGAGACCGGAAGGCUAAUGCACAUGGGUCAGGGUCAGUUACUGUUAUGGGACAAUUAUUUCUGUAUGGAGUCAGAGCAUUCUAAUUCAGAUCUUGAUUAACCAGAAUAUAUUCUGUUUCAAAUUAUGUUGGAAUUACUAUAGUCAUUAUAUGGUCUCAUUUUCAGAUUGAGAACAAAAAAUGUUUAUGAAGAUAGCUUUUUCCAGAGCCAUCAUCCACAGCAAAUCUCUAGCCAAAGAGAAAGUGGACCUUCUGGUGCUGUUCAUGCUGGACAAUCACCAUAAUAUUUUUAAGGUAUUCUUGUUUUGUAUAUAGAGCAGUGACUGAUUUUAUUUUGGGUCCUUGAAAAGCUAUAUAAAUCCAAUUUUUUAUUAACAUUGUAUGUUGUGAGAAUUUCUUAUGAACAUGCAUUCAUUACAUCAUUACAUUUGAUACAUUGCUUAAUAGAUUUUUUUUUCAGAUACCAGAAUCUUUGCACAAGCUGGUCAGUGACAAACUCGCCAGAGUUGUGCAAGGGAAACAACCAGAUGUGACAGGUACAUUAUCUAUCUGGCAGUAGUCUUUGUGGAGAGUGCUCUGACUCAGAUGUUUCACAUUUUGCUCUCUCCGUUAUCCUUAGGCUCCACCUUCUGUCAGCAAGUCUUAACAAAGGCUUAUACAGACUAUACUCAAAGAACAACAAAUGUAGAGCUGUUGGCAUUACUGAGGAAUAUGAACAAUGAGUCAAAUCAGAGGAGGCUGUUGGGGGGAGCUAUAGGAGGAAGGGCUUAUUGUAAUGACUGGAAUGGAAUAAAUGGAACAGUUUCCAUAUGUUUGAUGUGUAUGAUACCAUUCCAUUAAUUCCAUUCCAGUCAUUACAAUGAGCCCGUCCUCCUAUAACUCCUCCCACUCAGUGCCGGCUCUAGCCUUUUGGGGGACCUAUGCGAGAUUUGAUGGUGGAGAGAAACAUUUAUGUUUUAAAGUUCAUUUCCUGCAAUUCUACACAUUUUGUCAUGUGGCGUAGAGAAAAUGUUUCAGGUCAUGGCCCCUGGGCGGGUGCCAUGCGUGCCCGGUUGGUAUUCGGCAAUGUUUAGAUAACUGGCUAGACUAACUUACCCAUCUAAAAAUUGUUAGCUGACAUGGCUAAUUGAGUGACCGUAUGUAACCAGGUUUCCAUCCAACCUUUUUAGGUGAGUAAAGGACAUGUUGGAUAAAAAAUGUCAUGACAGGCCUGAUGGAAACAGAACAUUUGUCAGUAAACUUUCCAAAUGUAGACAAAACUAAAUACGCUAGUCAAGGUGGGAUCUUUUUGUCUGUAAAAUUAAUUAUGAGAGAAAUGUCGGUGGAAACGCUUUUGUGUGCAAAUAUUGAUAUAAUAACCAUCAUAUCGACGUAAACUUGGAGUCACGCGAUGACAUGUUGUGUGACCCUCCAACUAUGACUUGUUUGGAAACCAUGCACUUUAUUAGGCUACAGAUUAAAUUAAUUAUGAGGAACUUCACAGGGUGGUGAAAGUGCAAGGUGAUGAGCUUGAUGCUACUUUCCAGUAAUUAUCGAGGGUCUUAUUCUGGUGACGUGAUGAUGAUCGAUGCUUGGCUACCGUUUGACAAAUAAAAGUAAUCUCUUUUGUCCAUAAUAAUCUUAUCAUGUACAGUGCAUUCUGAAAGUAUUCAGACCCCUUGACUUUUUCCACAUUUAGUUACGUUACAGCCUUAUUCUAAAAUGGAUUAAAUAAAAAAUCUCCCUCAUCAAUCUACAAACAAUACCCCAUAAUGUACUCCUGAGUGGCGCAGUGCUAACUGUGCCACUAGAGAUCCUGGUUCGAAUCCAGGCUCUGUCGCAGCCGGCCGCGACCGGGAGACUCAUGGGCGGCGCACAAUUGGCCCAGCGUCGUCCAGGGUAGGGGAGGGAAUGGCCGGCAGGGAUGUAGCUCAGUUGAUAGAGCAUGGUGUUUGCAAUGCCAGGGUUGUGGGUUUGAUUCCCACGGGGGGCCAGUAUAAAAAAAAAAAAAAAAAAGAUGUAUUCACUAACUGUAAGUCGCUCUGGAUAAGAGCGUCUGCUAAAUGACUAAAAUGUAAAUGUAAUGACAAAGCGAAAACAGGUUUUUAGAAAUGUUAGAAAAUUUAUUUAAAAUAACAAACUGUAAUACCUUAUUCACAUAAGUAUUCAGAACCUUUGCUAUGAUACAAGAAAUUGAGCUCAGGUGCAUCAUGUUUCCAUUGAUCAUCCUUGAGAUGUUUCUAAAACUUGAUUGAAGUCCACCUGUGGUAAAUUCAAUUGAUUGGAGAUUAUUUGGAAAGGCACACACCUGUCUAUAUAAGGUCCCACAGUUGACAGUGCAUGUCAGUGCAAAAGCCAUGAGGUCGAAGGAAUUGUCCGUAGAGCUCCGAGACAGGAUUGUGUCGAGGCACAGAUCUGGGAAACAGUCCCAAACAUUUUCUGCAGCAUUGAAGGUCCACAAGAACACAGUGGCCUCAUCAUUCUUAAUAGAAGAAGUUUGGAAUCACCAAGACUCUUCCUAGAGCUGGCAGCCAGGCCAAACUGAGCAAUCGGGGGAGAAGGGCCUUGGUCAGGGAGGUGACCAAGAACCCGAUGGUCACUCUGACAGAGCUCCAGAGUUUCUCUGUGGAGAUGGGAGAACCUUCCAGAAGGACAACCAUCCCUGCAGCACUCCUCCAAUCAGGCCUUUAUGGUAGAGUGGCCAGACGGAAGCCACUCCUCAGUAAAAGACACAUGACAGCCCGCUUAAAGUUUGCCAAAAGGCACCUAAAGGACUCAGACCAUGAAAAACAAGAUUCUCUGGUCUGAAGAAACCAAGAUUGAACUAUUUGGCCUGAAUGCCAAGCGUCACGUCUGGAGGAAACCUGAAACCAUCCCUAAUGUGGAUGGUGGUGGCAUCAUCAUGCUGUAGGGAUGUUUUUCAGCAGCAGGGACUGGGAGACUGGUCAGGAUCGAGAAAAAUAUGAAUGGAGUAAAGUACAGAGAGAUUCUCAAUGAAAACCUGCUCCAGAACGCUCAGGACUACAGAUUGGGGCGAAGGUUCACCUUCCAAAAGGACAACGACCCUAAGCACACAGCCAAGACAAUGCAGGAGUGGCCUUCGGGACAAGUCUGACAGUCCUUGGGUGGCCCAGCCAAAGCCCGGACUUGAACCCAAUCGAACAUCUCUGGAGAGACCUGAAAAUAGCUGUGCAGCGACGCUCCCCAUCCAACCUGACAGAGCCUGAGAGGAUCUGCAGAGAAGAAUGGGAGAAACUCCCCAAAUACAGGUGUGGCAAGCUUGUAGCGUCAUACCCAAGAAGACUCGAGCCUGUAAUCGCUGCCAAAGGUGCUUCAACAAAUUACUGAGUAAAGGGACAGAAUACUUAUGUAAAUGUGAUAUUUCCAGUUUUUUUUAUAUAUACAUUUGCAAAAAUUUCUAAAAACCUGUUUUUUCUUCAUCAUUAUCGGGUAUUGUGCGUAGAUUGAUGAGGGAAAAAAACAAUUUAAUCCAUUUUAGAAUAAGGCUGUAACGUAACAAAAUGUGGAAAGGGGUCUGAAUACUUUCCUAAUGCACUGUAUCUCCUUCGCAUAUAGUUGAUCAGGCUGUUGAUUGUGGCCUGUGGAAUGUUGUCCCACUAGUCUUCAAUGGCUGGAUAUUGGCGGGAACUGGAACAUGCUGUCAUACGCAUUGAUCCAGAGCAUCCCAAACAUGCUCAAUGGGUGACAUGUCUAGUGAGUAUGCAGGCCAUGGAAGAACUGGGACAUUUUCAGCUUCCAGGAAUUGUGUACAGAUCCUUGUGACAUGGGGCCGUGCAUUAUCAUGCUGAAACAUGAGGUGAUGGCGGCGGAUGAAUGGCACAACAAUGGGCCUCAGGAUCUCGUCACGGUAUCUCUGUGCAUUCAAAUUGCCAUCGAUAAAAUGCAAUUGUGUUCAUUGUCCGUAGCUUAUGCCUGCCCAUACCAUAACCCCACCACCACCAUGGGGCAACGUUGACAUCAGCAAACCGCUCGGCCACACAACGGUACACUGGGCCAUCUGCCCGGUACAGUUGAAACCGGCAUUCAUCUGUGAAGAGCACACUUUGCCCACUGAAGUCGGUUACGAUGCCGAACUGCAGUUAGGUUAAGACCCUGGUGAGGACGACGAGCACGCAGAUGAGCUUCCCUGAGACGGUUUCUGACAGUUUCUGACAAAAUUCUUCGGUUGUGCAUAGGGCUGUUGGGGUGACUGUAUUACUGUCACAUCAGCAGUCAUGAGUCAUGACUGCAGUAAAAUUCCACAUGACCUUGAGUCACGUAAUCUCCUCUUAUGCACUCUGGACAUGCUUUGGUAGUACCCAUCUCACUAAUGACCUGAGCUAAUGGCCUGGUACUCAGGGCUCUAUUGUCCCUCUAACCACUCUGACAUCAAUGCAAAUUAUAUCGAAAAUCACAUCAAACACUUAUCAAAACAGUAUCCUGCUUUUAAAACUCACUUCACUGCAUGGCAGAAAAACAUAAAAUAAACUGAUUUAAGAUGUCUUUGGUACAUAAAUGGGCUAGCUUAUACUCCAAAAUUAAACAAAUGUUUGUAACCGCCUUUGAGUGUGGACUGUAUUAUUAUGCAUACUGGAUGGACUGGUUAGCUUAUGCUAAGCUCCAAAAUGUCUAUCCAUGAGUCUGGGAGAGAAUGUGUAGCCCUAGGCGAUGCUGUUGGUUCGUUGAUUGUGCAGGGCAGCUUACAGGUAGCCUACAAUUAUACUGAAUUUGUAUUGGAUUUUGAAAAGCCUAGUAAUAGGGAAUUGUUUAUAUUUUCAUAAUUAAUUGGGUGGCACAUUACCUUUAGCUAUACAGAAUAUCUCACCACCAUGCGUUUCCAUCUCAUCCUCUCUCUCCCUUAUUCCUUUCUCGAGCAUGCAGAAGGGCUGUCAACAGUUUAGUGAAACAUGUUUAGUUGCGAAAACAUUUCACCAUCGAUGUUCCCGAACAGAUUUCACUUGGUUUCCCAAAUUAAGCACUGGGUAGCUGCAGGAACAUGGUUGGAGAGCCCAUGCCUACCGAGUUUCAGCAGCAUACCACCCUGCGUCCCACUGCUGGCUUGCCUCUGAAGCUAAGCAGGAUUGGUCCCUGGAUGGGAGACCAGAUGCUGCUGGAAGUGGUGUUGGAGGGCUAGUAGGAGGCACUUUCCUCUGGUCAAAAAAAAUAUCUCAAUGCCCCAGGGCAGUGAUUGGGGACAUUGCCUUGUGUAGGGUGCCGUUUUUCGGAUGGGAUAUUUGGGUGUCUUAACUCUCUGGGGAAAAAACAAGCUCCGACUGGGAAAAAUCGAUUUGAAUUGUCAUCCAACUCGGAAUUCCAACUCGAGAACUUGGGCCUCUUUCUAGAGCUCUGACUUUCCGACCUGAAGAUCACUGACGUCAUGAUUUGACCUUGUAUUUUUCCGAGUUCCCUGUAGUUUAGGAACUCUGAAAAAUACAAGGUCAAAUCAUGACGUCAGUGAUCUUCAGGUCGGAAAGUCGGAGCUCUAGAAAGAGGCCCGAGUUCCCGAGUUGGAAUUCCAAGUUGGAUGACAAUUCAAAUCGAUUUUUCCCAGUCAGAGCUUGUUUUUUUCUGAGUUCCCAGUUGUUUUGAACACACUGAAGUCGGAAGUCGGAGAUUUCCGAGUUGCGAGCUCCCAGUUGUUUUGAACGUGCCAUUAACCCCGGUGUCCUGGCUUAAUUCCCAAUCUGGCUCUCAUACCAUCAUGGCCACCUAAUCAUCCUCAACUUCUAAUUGGCUCAUUCAUCCCCCUCCUCUGUAACUAUUCCCCAGGUCAUUGCUGCAAAUGAGAAUGUGUUCUCAGUCAACUUACCUGGUAAAAUAAGGGUAAAAUAAAAAAUACAUUUAUCUUGGCAAAGGGGAAAUGCUCACUAAGAGGGAUGUAAACACAUUUGUGCACAGAAUUUGAGAGAAAUAAGCUUUUUGUGCAUAUGGAAAAUUUCUGGGAUCUUUUAUUUCAGCUAAUGAAACAUGGGACCAACACUUUACAUGUUGAGUUUAUAAUUUUAUUCAGUGUAUAUUUAUUUAUUUUGGUCAGGGGCCACCUAGCGGCCAUGGCCCCUAAGCAACCGCUUAUGUCGCUUAUGCCUGGAACUGCACCCACCAGCCUCCACUGAUCCAAAGUACUCCACCAAAGAGAAGAAAUGCCUCCUCAGUCAAUUUUACUAAGGCCACCCAGAAAUAUUUGUUCAGAAUUUUGGGGAUUCUAUGUUUGCUGUCAGUGUGUAGCCAGUGUCAAUUUUGUCAAAAGAUCACACUUUGUACAUGUUUGUAUAGGCCUGCUAAGACAAACUUUGUAAACAUGCAUUAUGAAUUACAUUUAAAUAAUCUAAUUAUUUUAAUACAUGGAGACCAAUGGUAUUUUAAUUUAACUCAAGUGGGAGAACUCUGAUUGCGUCAGUCUUAUUUGUCUUUAAGUUUCCGUGUUUUUGUGUUGAGGGACACAUUGCAGUCAUAAAUAUUGUAGCCAUCUCCCAUCUGAGAAUUAAUUUAGCAGUGACGUCACGACGAGAGUGGUCGAAGUUUGACGUCACUUUGGCCCCACCCAAUGCCGGAAGACGUUCUUCAUUUUCACCAGAGAUCAACAACGCAUUUAGCUAGCUAUGUAACUUAAUUCACCAUGCCAGAAGUACACUUUGAUUAGGUAACCAAAUUGAUUAUCGUUGUUUUACAUGUAACACUACCUAGCCUAGCUUCCAUGCAACCAAGAUAGUUGUUACAUUGUGCUGUCAAAACUCUCCUAGUUGCAUCGAAGCUAUAGUUAGCCUAGCAGCCAGAUGAAAGUCUGGCAGUAUGUAACGAAUCGCUGUGUCACACGUUAUUGUUUUGUUGUUGCCAGCCAGCAGAGAGACAACUACUCCAUCACUCCACUGUCCAUUCAUUUCAGGUCUGGCGAAAGUCUGACCGAAAGAAUCUACCCUGCCAGCUAGCUAGCUAACCAGUAUACGGUAUGUUGCUCACAAUAAUAGUGUUUUGCUUGCUUGCUCAUGUAAGUUAGGCUAUGUCUGCUGUUGAGAUAUAAAGACUCGGUGAUGUCAUUGAAAUCACCAUUGGUUUAGCCCUGACAGAACUGUGCAUUGUUUGUUAUGCGCCAGUGAUCAUAUGAUCUGAAGCCAAAUGAGCUCUGAUUGUUUUUGUUUGCAAUCACACCAGUAGGAUGGUGCGAUGUACUGUCUUCUUUAAGUUGUCUUAAUGCAUGUGUUGUGGUCAGGUUAUCUAAACGUCAGACUGUUACCAUGGUUACUCCAUGCUAUCAGUCUGAAAGAAGUCACCGUAAAAAAAAAAACGCAAUAGUCUGUCUCUACAAGUCAGAAUGUUGAAUACAGUGAUAUUUAAAGGUAUUUUAUCCGUUGUCCAUGCUGUUGGUCGUUUUGGAGGUAGGAGGUGGAGAUAGGGUAACCACAGGAAAGUGUUGUUUACCCGAGUUUUUGCGGCGCCAGGUUCUGUUGCUUGCUUGUAUUUUCCAUCUCCUGAUGCAUUUCACGUGAUGCACAAUAUGUAAACAAUAGCUGAAUGUAACCAAAUGUUGUCGACCAAAGCUCUUCCCUUGCAAUCAGCUGUAAGUGAUUGUGAAAUUUGUCAGCUGAUUGUGUGGGACAACGUUUGGUCUGUGAUUUGGUUAAACUCAGCUAUUGUUGACAUAUUGUGCAAAUCGUGUCCGAAUUGCAGCAGCAUUGAAAAUACAAACCGAAGUACAGACCACCAUACUGAAAGUAGUGUUAAUAACAGUACUCUGUGGCUAUUUUGGCUCAGAUUACCUCCUACAUAAGGACAAAAUCAGCGGACAACAGGUAAAGUACGUUCAAGUGAAGUUUAUUCAACAGUCUGACUUGUGAUGGGACUGUUCACAAAAAGUGAGCAUACAUGUUAGAAACUAGAGAGGAGUCUUCCACUCUCUGAUUCGUAGAGGCUAGUGGUCAGGCAUCACACAACUGAAAUGUUUCUUAUCCUAAUUUAUCCAAACUUAAAUGUUUCAGUCCCUGGACUGAAGUGAGAGGAGCAACAUGCCCAAGGACUCUGACAAACCUGGGGGUGGAGAGGACAGGACUGACUCCUCUGAACAGUCCCAUAGUAAGAGUGUCCGGAGAGGCACACCUAGUCCUCACAGAGGGAACACCCCACAAUGUGAGUAGCACCUAUAGGGUGAGAACUAGAUGGUAUACAGCUACAAACAGAUUUUACUUUUUGUAGCAGGUUAGGAGAAUUGGGUUAAGGUUAGGACAAUGGUUAGGUUUAGGGUUAGUUAAAAUAAUAACAUUCUCCCUGAAACGACAAAAAAAGUAUGAUUUUGACAAUUUAUGCAUCUAGCCACAACCUAGCUGCCUCAAUGGUUCAAAAUCAGGUGUACUAUUUGAAGGCUUGAAGUCCAGAACUAACAGAUGUCAUUUAAGUAUAAGUUGGUCCACAUCCUGUUUUAGAGCUGCAUAACCUGUUGCCGUUGCACCCCUGUUUCACAGCCAGCCCACCAAGGUUUGUGUCAGUGGAGGAGCUCAUGGAGACGGCUAAAGGUGUGACCAACAUGGCCCUGGCCCAUGAGAUCGUAGUGAAUACUGACUUCCAGGUGAAGCCCUCAGAGCCAGCAGAAGGAAGGUGAGCUCAAUGGAUAGUCUUAUAGAAGUGGCAGUCACUAUGUAUUCUGAUUGCUGUGCCAUGCACAAUUGUAAGACCUGAUGUACUGAUGCUAGCAUCCACGUUUUAUAAAUAUGCUAUUUUCACAUUUUGUAUUUCCAUUUAAAUGAUUAUUCUUGCUGUGCUCCCAGUUUCGAAAAAAUAGUGAAGGAAAUUAUGCAUAAAGCAUUCUGGGACAUUCUGGAGGCACAACUGAGUGAGAACCCGCCAUCAUAUAAUCACGCCAUCAAACUUCUUGCUGAGAUCAAAGAGGUAAGACAGCUGUUGCUAGGCCAUAGAUGCAGUAAAGAGGUCUAUGGACUGCAGACCGUGGGGGACAGAAGAAUGACGCCUGAUUGGCAUACAUUCAACAAUUCUGAUCUAACAAAGUAGAUAUUCGUCAAAUCCGUCACGAUUGAUGUAUCGUAUCAGGCCCACAAUGUGGUUACUAAAGUCCGAUUUGGAUAUAUUUUCGCUGCAUAACAUUUAGUAGUCCCUUUUCAGGUUUAGAAGAAGUGACUGCUAAAUGCUAACUCCCGUUCGUAUAAGCUGGUAGCAUAGCUAGCAUAGAGAAAUCAGUGGUGGUAUUCAAAGUCGUUUUUUAACUGUAAUGCAGUUGAUUGGUGACGAUGACAUGAAUAUGUAUUGGGGUUGAAAUCCAUAGAAGCAUUACACUCAGAUGUUUAUCUCAAGUGUGAAAGACACAUAUAAACAAUAACCUACAUGUAGGCUAAUUUUGCUGGAGAGCAAUGAGGAUAUUCAUGAUAUUUCCCCCUCGGCAUCUUUCCCCCCACGUGUUUACAUAUUUUUUAUUCUUAUUUCUCUAGUUUUUUUCUUCUUCUAGUAAUACAUUGUUAUUGAUUAUUGCAUUGUUGGGUUUUGAGUUUGCAAGAUAGGCAUUUCACUGUGCUUGUGCAUGUGACAUUAAAACUUGAAACAUGUUUUGGUCGAGUUCCAUUGACCUCUUUACCGCAUCUAUGUUUUAUCAUUCAGAAGAGCAAUUUUCAUUAAAAGGUCAUUCUCUCUACCACUGUAGACUCUGCUGUCCUUUCUGCUUCCGGGACAUGGUCGGUUGAGGGGGCGAAUUGAGGAGGUGCUAGACCUCUCUCUGAUCCAGCAGCAGGCAGAGAACGGAGCUCUGGACAUCAGUAAGGUGGUUGAGUUUGUCAUUGGUAUGAUGGGUUCACUCUGCGCUCCGAGCCGGGAUGAGGAAAUCAGGAAGCUUCGGGAAAUCACAGACCUUGUGCCUCUAUUAAAGUAAGUUGGCAGUCAAUACUUUUUAGUGCUGGAAUGGGGUUAUGUUUUGAAUGAUAGAUAUGUUCAUGUGACACAAUUGAUGUCUCCCUCUUUUUGUCAUUCUAACAUAAGGCCUUAUUUGACUAAGAUUUGUGCUUGGAAUGUCUUCAUCCCUGUCACUACUUUAAAAUGGUCAUACUCUGUCUCAUAGGGCGAUAUUUCCAGUGAUGGAUAAAAUGAAACUUGAUAUGGCCAAUUUUGCAGUCAGCAGCAUCCGACCCCACCUCCUGCAGCAAUCCGUUGAGUAUGAACGGAAGAAAUUCCAGGAGUUUGUCGAAAAACAACCCAGUAAGGAGGACAUCAUUAGCGUCUCACAACUGAUCAUUGUUAAUCACUAAUGCUUCAAUCAUCACUGGUUGAACAAAAUCCCACUUAAGCUGUGUUGUGCUGGCUCUUACUGUAGAUAAUGGAAAUGUUUGUGGAGUAACAUGCAGACUUUUGCAGACGCCUUAGACUUUACGGAGAAGUGGCUUCAAGACUCUGCUAAAUCUGUACUUCAUGAAGAACAAGCGGGUGGGGCGGGUAGUUCACCCACUCCUCUCACUGUGCACAACCAUGCUUACCUGCGUCUGCUUAAGUGGAACCACGCCUCUGAUCCUUUCCCUGAGGUAGGCUUGUCUGUCACACACCUCAUACAGGCCUAACAGUGGUUAAUAAUCCUUAAGAGUCUAUUGAUGCACCUGUGCGUCAAUCUAAGUAACAACAUUUUAAGAAUCCCCACUAAAAUCCAUCAGUUUAAGCUUGAGAUAUCCGUUUUUUGCUGCGUCUCAUUCCACCGCAUUUGCCUAUGUUGGCCUUCCGCAUCUCCGGUGGAAGGUGGCUGAGCUACUGCGGUGUUUGUCAGACCAUGAGACAUCCAGAUCAUCUCACAAAAACAUCUGUAGCGUCCGAAUUGUAACGCUUAUGUGCCAACUUCUGUCUGUAGCGUCCAAACCAUUUGGGCUACAAACUAAUAUGACCCCACAGGACUUGUCUGAAGGUAACCCAUACAAAUGAAUGGAAGUAUGGAGGUAGUUCUGUGCCAACAAUAAUAAGGGGUUAAGUACUGUAUGUCAAAAAACCCAACAAUAUUUCCUGAGCUUUCUUAUAUCUUCUAGAUAUAGGACAGACACUUCAAAACCUUAUUCUUUAUUAUUUAUUUUUUGACUGUCUUUUCCAUUUAUGAAUGUUUUAUUCAAUGCGUUUUUAUGGGCUAUAGUAGUAAAGGCCAAAUUUGAUAUUCUAUCAAAUAUAUUGUUUUUAUACCUAAAGGGGUCUUAAAAUUCAAAAUCAAAUCAUCACUUUUAUAUGUUCUCUCUGUCUUUUUCCUUUGUCCCAGACUCUUCUCAUGGACCAGGUGCGUUUCCAGGAAAUGCAGCAGGACUUGGAGCAGCUGGUUCGGGUGGCGUCUGUGCUACUCAUAGUGUACAACACCACAGGGGAGGCCAUCUCAGGCCUGCCAGGCCUUAUGGACAGACUGAAGAGGACCAUCAGGGUUCUGCUCACAGAGAUGUACAUGCCGUAAGUACACAUUUAAACACACACAGUAUGAAUGCUCAUACACACACUUGAAUAUACUCAUAACCGUGUUCUACUACAUUAGGCGUAGUGACUACUCGUGUUUGUCAUACAUAAUACCCAGAGCCCUCAUUCAUUUUGUGAAUUUAUGAACUCGCCCAACCCUUAACUUUGGUCUGAAGGUCUUUCAGUGCAGAUGAAGCCUUGGCUACCAUUGGAGAGAGGAUGUGUGUGGAACUAAGUGGAUGUCUGUCUGAACAUGGCUUCUCCCCGUUCUCCGCCAACCGGCAGAACAUUCUGAAAGGCCAGAUCUCGGCUGUUACUCUCCCAGACAAUGCCAUCCGCAAGCUUAUAGGUAACCUAACCACAGUUUAAUGUAUUUUGCCAAUGCCAUCCCCAAUUCCCCUCAAUAAAGUUCUGUGCAAAAUAUAGUUUGGGUCUGUAUCUUCUGUCUAUUCUUUGAUCAUCGUUUACAUGUGUGCUCAUGCCAAUGACAUGAUCUGCUUGUGAUGAUAGCAUACCUAGUUUGUUGCGCUACUGUGUCACUUUAACCCUCUGAGCAUGAACAUUCUUUCCUUACUCAGACUCCCGCAUCCAGACCUACCUGCUUGCCUUCCUCGAGUCCAGUCACAGGAGUGCUCCAACCCUGCCAGGAGGCCUAGCUCCUGUCAGCAAAGAGCUGGAAGAGAUUGCCAUGAAGUUUGGCCGUCUAGUCCACUUCAACAAGUUGGUUUAUUCCCCUUUCUACCAAAAGAUCCUUCAGGAGAUUGUGCAAGAAGGAGAAAGUCAUGACACCUAGGCUUUAACACUGAACUGUUAAAUAAAAUGGGAUCACUGUAGGUUAUCCAUGCUUUCCAUUGUAUGGCUAAAGAUAAUAUAAUGAUGCCAGUAUUGUACAAGGCCAGUAAUAAUUGAUAUAAAAAUACUUAUACAAGCACUGUUGCAUUCACAUGUUACUUAUUUGAUGAUGAGUGCACAUCUGUUUCUGGAUUUGUACAGCAAACGAGUAAAAAAGGCAUAAUGCAAAACUGCAUGUUUUCUUUUACUUGCAUUAAAUAAGGAGUUCUGUAGUAGCAUCUGGAAGCUAUUUGGUAACUGGCUACUCGUUGAGUUUGAAUUUGGGUAAAAACAUAUACAACAAGUGUAAAAUGUAUUCCCACAGGAUAACACUAAAAAGUAUUCCUUAAUACACGUUUCCAAAGUGGUCCUCGAUGUUAAAGGUGAGAACAGAAGAGGACUUUUUGUGUAGAGACCCUCCUUGUUGGAUAUUUUUUUUCACUGUAAACUGCUAUGUGUACUGUAAAGCACACAUCACUAGCUAGGUUUCCAUCCAAUUGGCGACAG